GUGCAGAAUGUGACGGGCGCCACUCGCGCGCGCACCGCGGACCCAACCGCUACUAAACUCACACACACUAACGGUUCAAUUUUAAAUUUUUUGUUUAAAUUAAUCUCAUGUGCCAGUGAAAAGGAUUCUUAAAGGAUUUUGUGCCUAUUGUGAUCGGUGUUACUUAUAUUGCAGGUUUGUAUCAUAGUCGGAGCUAUCGGUUACUGUGAUAAGUGAGAAGAAAACAUUAAAUAUAACGAAUAUUUAAUUGAAUGUUAUCUCGCGCUCGCCAUGUGUCUGUGCGAAUAGGGUUGUGAAACUGUAAACGCAAACAACUCACUGCCGAAACUAAACUGUUUCCAAUUGACUAAGUGAAGUGUCUUACAGUGUACCAACAUUGGGCCACGCUCUUAGACUAGGCGGUUUAUUCUUGAUGUCAGUCCGCUCCAAAAGUAAUGGAUAGAAGCCACAGUAGAUCGGCGUCCCCACGGGAGCCGGCGCGGCCGCAGCACAGACCCCCCUCGCCGCCCUCACCACCCGCCGCCUUCGACAACAGAGCCUACGAGCACGACGACUACGACCCCAAUCAUAAUGACUUCGACUCCACCGGACCCAACCAGAACGGACACACCAAAGAGGUCAACGGAGAUACCAAAACUCUCGAAGCGGUGAAUUUGGAGCUUAUCAAUUUAACGCCCAAGAACGGGACGACGAAACAAAGGAAAGACGUCGAGGUCGAUAUGAACACGAGCAACCCGUACGACGAGUACUUCGUGCCGGUCAAUGAGCACAGGAAAUAUAUGAGAGGCGAAAAACUGUACGUGACAGCGGACAAGAGAGGAGAGAAAGGCGGCUGCAAACGACCGCUGUGCUGGACGCUACUGGGGCUAGUUGUCGCAACCAUCGUAGCCCUAAUAGUGCUAGCAGCGACUGGAAUACUCUUUACGAACUCUCCCACGCCUCUCGAACCUUAUAAUGCAUCUAUCAGCUCAGCGCGCGCGCUCGGCGGCAUCUCCAAUGCAAUGAGCAACGAACAGAGUCACGAACACGAUAGAGACCACGAAACUGAUCAAGGACAAGAUGAGAAUCAUUCUCAUGUCCACGGACAUGACCACAGCAACAAUGAACAGAACAGUGAAAGCGAACAAUAUGGUGAAAAUGACCAGACCACUGAACAUGGAAACAAUCAGGACCAAGACAACAGUCCAGAAGAUAUGAGCCGUGAGAACCAAGAAAUACUACGGACUCAGUAUCGAACGACGCCGCCCUCCAUAGAUCAAGGGCCACAAAUGCAAAACGAUGAUUCCAUAAAUCCUUCCUCAGCAUCUGAAGAAACGGGCGACAAAUCAAUCUACGUACCUCGAACUCUAGAAGGAGAACUAAAAAUCGAUAAUGAUGAUUUUACCGCUGCACUUGAAGAUCCCGAAAGCGAUGGUUACAGAGAUUUCGUAAACGCAUUUGGUCAUGCUCUUAAACAAGUACUAUUCAACAAGAAUUCAAAUAUAAAUAAAUCAGAGUAUAAUGAAAAUGACUUCGCUCUUGAGAUCGUUAAAAUAAGACGGGGCUCAAUAAUUGUUACUUACAGAAUCCAUUGGGAUCCUAAGCACAAUACUCAAACAUCAGACAACCUUCUGACACCAAAUACUUUGAAAGAAAGUUUGGACUUGUAUUUAGCACAAAACAACAGAAUGAUAAGUAUCUACCACAUAGCUGAAGACGAUAUGGCCACCAGGCGGAUUUUAGAUGUAUGUCAAAUAAAUAAAAACGACUGUGAUUAUGGAUGCCAGUUUGACAAGAGAACUUUAGACUUUACAUGCACUUGUCCUCCUGGGCAAAUAAUUGAUAUGAAACAGCCCAAAAAAUGUAUGUUACUAUUUGAUAAUCAGGAUCAAAUAAAUAACAACUUCACAUCGGACUUGAGCACAACGACCGUAAACCCCAAUCCUGAAGAUACAAAAUCGAAUACAGAUAUUAUUUAUAGCAAACAAACUGCAACUCCUCUUUCAGAAGCAACUACAGAAAAUGAUUCAGAUGUAAACUUCUCACAUAUAUUUGGUAGCUCUGUAAACGAAAAUGAAAAACAUGUUACAGAAAAAUAUCAACCGGAGGAACACAAUAAUAUAGCAACGCAAUAUAUUUCUUUCUUAGAAACCACUCAACGACCGACUACUGAUAAUGCAAUGAUGGAGAAAAAUAACGAACCUGUUGCAGAACCAGAACCUACAUCUGAACCCCAACAUGAAGUCAAAACUACAGUAACAAGUUAUAGUUUUGAUCAUACAACGCCAAAUAAAGACAUGCAACCAACGCCGACGCUAAUGCCUGAAGAUCAUGGUAGAUCAUCUGAACCGCAGCCGACACCUGAGCCUACUACUGAAACGUUCUUAUAUCAGCAGACAACUGAGACUAAAACGUUUAGCGAAGAAAAUCCUAAUUUUAUUGAAUCUAAUAAAAUGAUAAAAAACAAAGAUUUGAGUAAUAGUGAUCAUUUAUCUACAACUGAAACAGCUUCUUCUUUUACUCAUUAUACUAACAUGCAUGAUAACAAAUUUCAUAUGACUACAAUGAUACCUUCUGAAAUAGAUACUACUCAAACUGAAAUGAUGUCUGAAAAGUAUGCUCAAGAAACGACUACAGAAGAUGAGUGGCUUGACGACUCCAGUGAAAAAGUAUCUAAAAACGAUAAAAGUAGUACUGAACAGGUAAUGUAUGAAAAAUCUUCAAAAUCAUAUGAAUCCAUAUACGAAAUAAGUCCGACAACUUUACAAGACACCGAAAAAGAAAUAGAAUCAUACACUAAAAGCGGUAUAGCAAAGGAAAUAAUAAACGAAGCAGACCAUACUACUAAUGCAGUAUCAAUAUCACAAUUCCUCGGAAAGAAACCUAGUGAAGAAACAACAGCGAAUAGUUUAUUGGAUACGACAGUCUCAGUGUUGACGGGAAUAGAAGAAAGUCGACAUUUUUUUAAUAAUGAAACCACAGAGGAUAAUAUAAGCGGCGAAACAACACCUAGCCAAAUUUCUCUAUUCGGUAUUACGUCAGGUAGGCCCAUGAUAUAUGAACAUGCAGACGCGACAACCUCAGCAUUCGAAACAAGUACUGAAUAUUCCAUUGCAAAACAAACUAAAGACGUAAAUGUGGUAGAUCCAAACUUUAUGACAAUUCUAAAAAAUACAAACAAUACUGAGUUUGAUAAAAAUAUGAAUUUUAACGUGACAACUGAAAAAGAUUUUGCUGAGGGAGACAUUACUUUUGAUGCUAUUAAUAAACUAUAUAAUCGAUCAUCUAAAUCUUUUGUAAACGAUAAGGGAAGUGUGGCAAUUGGAACUGAAGCGAAUUAUAUGUUUAAGGAAACAACAGAAACUACAACUAGUGCAGAUUGGUUAUCUGAGACCGUGACAGAAAUAAAUUAUCAAGAUAUCAUAGAUGAAAAUAAAAACAAAUUAACAACAGAAACAUCUGCAACUAAAGUAGACGAAAUAAUGAGUCGAGGUUUAAACAAAGACGACUUUGAACCGGAUUAUCUAAAUAUGGGCUCUAACACCACUAAGAACAUAGAACAUGAUAUGCCACAGUAUGGCAUGCUUCACGAUUAUGAUAAUGAUGAUAUGGUGGUUAAAAGGGUGAAAAAUGCUCCUGGUUCAAUGAUUGAAGAAACUACCGCAAUGAACGUAGUGCAAAUAGCUUCCAAGGAAAACCAAAUGGAUGAAUUAACUCCUAUACCCACAGUCGAAACAAAUGACACUUUUGAAACUACCACUGUAAGCGAUUACAUAUACAAAAUGUUGAACAAUUCAAAUGAAAACUUAAGUUCUGCAGUAAGUACAACACAACCAGUACCUCAAGUUUGGGAAAAUUCAGAAGACGACAUGAACUUUAUUAGACAUCUAGCAACUUCAAUGGUAACAGAUGAUGUAUCAGACAUUACAACUACAUUAGCAACGACGACGCAAGAUAAUAUUGAUAAAAGUAACAACGAAAACAUGAUAAAUAUCUCAGAAUCGAACAUACAAUCAGGUAACACUUCUCAAGCGAAUAACUUAAAUGUUAACAUUUACGAAAUAUCUAAUCCCCCCGACAAUCAUACUACAGAAAAAUCCGUAAAUCACCAGCCAAUAGAAUUUGUAGACCACGAAACGGAGAUGAACCCAUUUUUACCGGAAAUAGAAAAUAACAAGAGUCUAGUAAAAAAACUUCAAGAAGGUCAUGACUUGGAACCAUCGAAUGUAAAUGAAACCCAAAAUGAAACUACAGAAGAUCAGCUGCAUCGUUUUUCAGAUGAAAUUAUUACGGUAAAUAAUCAAACAGAUAGUAAUGGAAUAACACCCACAAUGACAGAAAACACAACUUUAAAAGCUGAAGAUAAUGAAGCUAUAUUAAAAGAAAUGCUCAUGCAACAAGAUAUUUCUUCCAAUGAAGAAAAAUCACAAACAUCAUUAGGUGAACGCAAUAAUAACGCUGAAACUACUACAUCCGUUGAUUCCCUGGUCGACGACGCAAAGGAUUUAUCAGUUCGAAAUGAUGCUGUACCUUUAACGACAUUUUUAUUGGACACUGAUGACUUAGACACUACCAAAGAUCCUUUUGAAAAGGAAACCGUGAAAUCUGGAUUAGUAGGAAACUAUGAUACUACAAUGAUGUCAAUCACAUUACCUGAAACUACUGCUACUACUACAGAUAAUAAAAUAAAAAUAAAUUAUAAUAAUGAUAUACUAAGUGUAGUACCAAUAGAGCCAGAAGUUAUCAAUGAUCAAGAUAAUUUGAAGAAAAAUUACGACGGAGAAAAUAUCGCUGAACUUAAUCAAAUAAGUGAUUCACCCAAAAAGAGUGACAGAAGGACAGUAGAUUCGGACAAUACUAACUCUCUUAUUUAUAAUGAGGCGUAGUGUACGUUUGUUUUUAGUAAUAUGCAAUAAGUUUGUACAUGACUUCCUUUCCUGUGAUUCUGUCGAACAAUAUAUUAACUAACAUUCUUGGAAUACCAAUGUAGUGUUGAAUGUGUCAUGAAUGAAUGAUAAAAUUGGACAUUUUGCUACUUUUCUUAAUUCCAUUGACAAUCCUGUUUACUAUAAAGACAAUAAAUAUAUUUUGCAUUAGACUAGUCAAAUUAUAAUGAUCACGAUGACGAUCGUGUAAAUUUAGAUUAUUUAUUAUUCGAAUGUGCUCAUAUACAUGACCAAAAAUCAUGAAACAUUCAUCCUUGCACUAACUUUCACGGACAUACUUUAUUGCAUUCUAUUAUAGAUUGUUACCAUAGAUAAAUGUAUAUUAUAUUAAUGUUAAUAAAACUUAAUUUUGGGAUAUAGAGUAAAAGAAAAUAUUCGAAAAACACAAAUGAUUUUUACGUCUUCAAAGGAUACUGCCAUGCCUAAAUGUGAUAACAUGGACAAAAAUUAUAAUAUUAUAG